AUGGGUCAUGACAGUCGACCUCCAAAGCAUGCAUCAGCUUCUACUUCCUCGUAUGCUCCUUCUCAUCGGAUUGAGGGCAUGCAUCACCCGUCAUCAAAUACGCACAAUAUUCAUCGACAACCAUCGUCCUCUUCUCAAUUGAAACCAACUUCCUACGGAAUGGUCGAUGAGCGAGAUGCUCUGUAUAUAUUUGAAGGUGUCCGCAUCGGGAGUCUCAAUAAGUUUGAUCGUGCAUUAAACGAAGAAGAAUGUCGUCAACUCAUUCAGCCUGGUGCUGUGUUUGUAUUUGACGAGAAACCUUCCUUCCAAUCCUGGCAAGACUUUAGGCUCUGGUCCGACGUGUCGCAUCAAUCUGGAUUUGCCUACUUUUAUGAACUUGUCCCACAACCAUCUCUCAACAAUCAACUGGGCCGAACUGGGUUCAUCAAGAAGUGUACUUCUCUCUUCAUCCCAGAAACUCGAACUAUGAGGCACUUGAUUUCAUACUAUCAUGAUGAAUCACUUCACAUGUUGCCAAGGCCAUUGUUUGAUCAGCAAAUGCUGUUGGUACCUUCAUAUAUCGGAAAGAUGAAUACCUUGAUGGAUGCCAGAAUCUUGAUAGAUGCAGUAGACGCAUCGAUUCUUCCAAAAGCCUCGCGUCCUCCGUUGCCUUUCGAAUGUGAUACCUUGAUAAAACCUGGUGCCAUGUUUGUCUGGGAUGAUUGUGUGCCUGGAACUCGCUGGUGGAACGAUAACCUGCUUUGGCAACCUGCUCGUAUCGAAGGAAAUAUCGUCGUUUUCCAAGAGAUGGAAGCUAGGGAAGUGACACCUGCUCCCUUCAAUACUUCUGUUGGUGAUGAGACUGGGCUUGCUGUACCAAAUCCAACUAGUAGUCAUCCAACUCAGCAACAACCUGUACAUUUACCAAAAGAUGCAAACAAACACAGCGUAUUCGUUGGAUCCAAUCCAGCCAAUGCAACAGCGCCUGGUAAUAAUACUAUCUUGAUCAUCUCUCCCAAACAGGACGGUAUGAUCAAAAAGGUGACUACAUUACCGAGCAAGACUCAUAAAGUAAUGCAAGUCAUCGGAUACUCGUAUGAAACUACUUUGCCAAUGCUGUAUGCUCCAUCACUUGAUCCCAUGCUCGUAUCUCUUGUCAUGGCGGCAAAAGGAUGCGAAAGUGAUGGUAGUAUUAUUAUGCAUCGAUCACAAUCAACUUACGCGAACUGUCGUGCUGGUGUUGGUAUGUCUCAUGUGGGUGCCGAAGGUGUCAUGGGUGUCCCUCCUCAAGUACCACCCAUGGUAUCCAUUCCACCACCUCAACCACAGCCAGUAGCACCACACUUUAUCAAUACGAUGAAUGGAACGAGUACUGGUACUGUCAAUCCUCGUCAUGUCAAUGAAACUGUAAAUCCUCCUCGUAUCAAUGGUACUCCUACUAUCAAUGGCAAUGGUCUACAAGGAAAUGAUAUCCACAAUAGACGAAAUAGUCACAAUCCGAUAUCAACACGAGGCAUGAGUACGAAUGAAUCAACUCCUCAACAAACCAUAAAACUCGCUGCGUUAUUGAAUCCCAUUCAUCAACAACAAGAACAACAACGUCCACAAUACGCAAAUGUAUCAACACAAAAGAGUGUUGAUACACCUCGAUCAGACGUAACCACGAGUGGUAGCACUAUUUAUACUCCCACGUAUGAUAUAUCACCAAUGCAUAUGAAUGGUGGUAGUCAUAGUCGUCUCGAUACUCCAUCAGCUACUCCAUCAGGUGCUUCAUCUCCUGUAAAGUCUGAUGAAGAACAGGAUGAUGUAUGUGAUGACGAAGAAACGGAAACGGAAGCAGAACAAGAUUGUAUCGCUCUCGGUCAUCUUCGAAAAGCGUCUGCUGACGGAGGCAAAUGGGUUGCGGCGCCAGUUACAACUACGGUGCCUCGAUCUGCCUAA